GUCCGUCAGGUCAUGGCGCAGGAGAUUGUACGAUAAAGCAGUGGCUCAAGGCUGAAUAUCGCGGUUGUCUGACACCCAUGGAACCGAAGCAGGGCUGUCUCGUGACGUGUAGAUGGAGGAUAUUCCCUUGUGUGGGAACGAACUCGAGGCAUGGGUUGUAAAAAAGGUAUUCGAGAUCCAUGACAAGAAAACCAGUGGUUUCAAGGAAGAUAGAGCGGAGGUCUUGCUAGAGGAACAAUAUUCCAAACCAUGGUCAAAUGGAGGAAAAAUGGUCGUGUAUGUAUGGGGACCGAGCUUGACCAGAUGUCUUCCAGGGCAAGCCUUUAGUCGCGAGACGGGUUGGUAUGAAAAUCGUGGAAAAGCUAACCAUGGAAGCUGCUCGGAACUGGACAUACAACGAAGCUCUUUUCACUGUGCGGUCCUCAAGAACGACUCAAGCAAAGUUCGGUAGAGAAGUUGGCUAUUUCCUCGGUCUGACAAUGCUCAGAGUGCUCUUUGUUCCUUUGGGGAAGGAGCGCCCCGUACGUAAGGGGAUGCUUGCCGGGUGCCCGUUGGCUUGGAGGUUCUUCCCGGCAGGAGGAGGUCGCCCUGCAGAUGUACCGCCUUCUAACCUUAGCUACCCGCCCUGCAUGAGACUUCAACUCAGGCUUCUUCUACCUGGGGAGGUAAGUUGCUUGACUUGCUCCCAGGUCUUGUCUGGAAGCAGUAAGCAUGGUAAGGUAGGUAGCAGGAAGGGCGAAGAGAGAGAAAGUAAGGUACUGUGUAAAGUAAGGCAAGGUACCUUAUGUCAGGGUUGGCUCUGAUGAUGCAACUCUGGCGACGCUCCAAUUAGUUUAUCAGGUAUGAGGUCAGGUAGACACGUCUAGACCGCGAUUAGUGGGUAUUACAGCCGCCUGUCUCCCGGU